AUGAGACGAUACCCGUUUUCAAAUCACGGGCGCCCGCAAGGCUCUCCAAAGGGCUAUCAUGAUGGCCCACGCUCGAGGCGACGUGGAGAGCAUGAUGAUGGCUACUCAAGCGACAGUUAUGACGACAACAAAAUCAGACCAACAAAUGCAAGUGAAACCGAGGGACGUAAACCGCGUGCCCCACCGCCCAGUUCCCGAGAACAGAAUCGCGCUCAUCAGCGCAUCACCACUAUUGACUGGCGGGCUGAGCUCUGCCGUAUCCUGGAAUUCUCAACAGAAGUUUCUGAUGGAGAGAUUCUGGAUCAUCUAGAAGCAUCGCUGCAGGAGCUUAAAGAUGCAAGGCUCCGUUACGAUUCUCAAGGCACUAUUGGUCCACCCCGCGCAGAGAUCCUCUAUACUAUCCACUGUGCCAAAUCUUCCAGGUCAUCUUCCACUUUAUACAGAGAACUGCACAACUCUGGCGAAACGAUUCAAGAUGGUAUCCAUCUAUUAGGCCGAGUGGCCAUCACCAACUUGGAGCUCCACCUGGAACGCAACAAAGAUAUCGCGUUCAUCGUAUACAAGGACUUGGAGUGUUGUCGGGGUCCUGAGAGCAAGAUCAAGCAGCACGAGGCAGAUAAUGACGGCCUGGACAUGUAUUCACCAUUGUUGAAAGAUGAGUCAAUUGCAUUUGUGUCUGGGGCCAUGAUAGAUGCGCUGUCAAUGCUCUCACACCAGGCCUGGAGAGAUUCUCAGCAUCCUCAAUUUAUGGAAUCCACCCACAAGACGAAGAACACGGAGGUCGACGAGGUUUCCGACAAUGAUCCUGAGAAAAUCACAUAUCCUUAUUUAUGGUGGUUUCACAGUCGGCAAAAUAUCAAGGAAGCAAUGGAGCAUAUCGACCAGGAGUAUAUUCCCUACCUAUCCGCUUUCAACGACUACGUUGAAACUAGAAUGUCUGACGAAUGGAACCGCGUGGACAAGUUGAUGUCGAGAAACAAAAUCACACCCAACUACCUUCGCUAUCUAUACCCUCCUGGUGAGGUAAUUGUUUCAAACCCCGAUCUAAAUCCUCGUUUAGAACUCCAAGGAUUUGAGGUAUCAGAUACGAUAAGGGCAAAGGGAAGCGUUCAGACCAAGAUCAAAGUCUGGUCUUGGACAUUUGAUGGCAAUUUUCAGCGAGCCCUGACUGAUCUUCCGCCAUUUGCAUUGCCAUCAGAGACGGAAGCCUUUGAUAUUAAGUCCCUCGAAUUUUAUCCCAAGAGAUUUGCGAGACCUGAGAUACUCGUCACCCUCCGAGCCCGGGGCAAGUUCUUUUGGAGAUGCCGCUAUCGAAACUACGUCUCAUCCAAGAUGAAUCGUGAAAGCGAUGCCCACUCUUCGGCCGAGUCUUCACGGUACAUGAUAGACAUGGAAACUUACAAGCGCCUGCAUCCAAGUCAGGCAUCGGAUUUGCGAGAUGAUCUCGGGAAAGAGAACAUGGAGCAAGAUGAGCCACCACUGGGUGACAAAUUUUACCUGUGUCUUCCAGUUCACAUUGUCGGUUUCAAUAUGCAAAAUAAAGAAUGGGUAAAACUCGAGGUGCAGCAUCUGGAAGAUGUGCGCUGGAAUAAGAAGGCUUUCGAAUAUAUUGUGAUCAAUAAGGAGACAAAGGAGCUGAUUCGCGCCGUAGUCAGCAAUCAACUAAGCGUGCAGUCUAAAGCUGAUCUAAUCGAAGGCAAAGGAAGCGGGUUAUUUAUGCUACUUCAUGGUGGCCCUGGAACAGGCAAAACACUUACAGCAGAAAGUGUGGCCGAGAUCGCCCAGCGACCACUGUACAGGGUCACAUGUGGUGAUAUCGGGACAAAAGCAGAAGUGGUUGAGAAGUACUUGGCAAGUGUUCUACUCCUUGGAACUACCUGGAAAUGCGUGGUUCUUCUGGACGAAGCAGAUGUUUUUCUAGAGCAGCGAUCUCUGCUGAGUUUGGAGAGGAAUGCUCUCGUUUCAGUCUUCCUGAGGGUUCUUGAAUACUACAACGGGAUCUUGAUUUUGACCAGUAACCGUGUGGGGACUUUCGAUGAGGCAUUCAAAUCACGUAUCCAGCUCAGUCUACACUACAAAAACCUUGACCAACACCAGCGACGAGAGAUCUGGAAGAAUUUCAUUGGGCAUCUAGACGACUUUCAACAAACUUUGGAAGUUGGCUUGACUGAGUCACAGAGACACACAAAGGUUGGGUACGGGAUCGACGUUGAUGAUUUGAAUAAGAACCUUGAAGAGCUAUCUAGGCCAGCUCUCAACGGAAGAGACAUCCGCAACGCCCUCUCUACCGCUCGACAACUCGCGUUGUACCGUCAACAGCCAUUGCAGUACAACCACUUACAGGUCGUCAUGGGUGAGGUGCAGAAGUUCGAUGACUAUCUCCGAGAAGUGCACAACGGAUACUCGGAGGAUGACAUCCAGCGGGCUAGAGAGACCCGCUGA